CUUUAAAUUCCUUAAUCCUCGAAUAAUAUCCAUCAAUGAAUUGAAUACAAGAACCCCUCAACAGCCAAGCCGAAUGGGCUGAUGCCGUCCGAUCCCCUACGUCAUACAACCGUGGCACAGAAUACAAGCAGUCAGUCAGCCCCAGACCUCCAUCAAUCAUCUAAACUACGAAAAGACCUACGCAAACACCUACCCAAUACCUACCUAAUACCUAAACAAUCCACCAUGACCGACCUGAAACCCAAUCUCGCCGUCUUCAGCGCCAAAUCCUACGACAAGCAAUACCUCACCAGCACGCUCCAAACCCACCACCCCUCCCUCGUCUCCUCCCUCACCUUCCACUCCUUCGCGCUCUCCUCCGAAACCGUCUCCCUGGCCCACGGCGCCACCGCCAUCUGCGUCUUCGUCAACGACAUCCUCGACGCCCCGGUCCUCCGCACCCUCCACGCGCACGGCACCCGCGCCAUCCUCCUCCGCUGCGCCGGCUACAACAACAUCGACCUGGCCGUCGCCGAAGAACUCGGCCUCUUCGUCGCAAACGUCCCCUCCUACUCCCCCGAAGCGGUCGCCGAGUUCGCCGUCGCCCUGAUCCAGACCCUGAACCGGAAGACGCACCGCGCCUACAACCGCGUCCGCGAGGGGAACUUCAACCUCGAGGGUUUCCUGGGCCAUACACUGCGCGGACAGACGGUGGGGGUCGUGGGCGUCGGUCGCAUUGGGAUGGCCCUCGCGCGCAUCUUCAACGGGUUCGGGUGUAAAAUGAUCGCGUACGAUCCGUUCGGCGGCGAGGAGUUCAAGCAGUACGGCGAGUUCGUGGACCUCGAGACCCUGCUGUCGAGUAGCGAUAUCGUCAGUCUUCAUUGUCCGCUAACGGACGCGACGCGGCACAUUCUCGGCGAGGAGAACCUGGGGCGCAUGAAGCGGGGGGCGUUGCUGGUGAAUACGUCGCGGGGCGGGCUGAUCGAUACGAAGGCGGCGAUUGCGGCGCUGAAGAAAGGGCAGCUAGGUGGGUUGGCGUUGGAUGUGUAUGAGGAGGAGAAGGACUUGUUUUAUAACGACCACUCCGGGGAGAUUAUUCAUGAUGAUACGCUGAUGCGGGUGACGUUGGCGAAUUUGCAGGAUUUCGUGGAGAAGAGGACGUGUAGGAAUUCGUUGGUGAGGGAGGGGCAUUUGUUGGUGUCGAGGGAGACGGAGCCGGUGAGGUUGUAAUUUUUAUUUAUAUUAUUGGACAUGGUUGGUUGGUUGGAAUUGUGUGGAUUGGGAUAAUGUAGAUGUGGAUGAUGUCUAUUUCUAUGCUAUAUAAUAAGCUUAGGGCUUAGUGUUAGUCUAACAAGAGGACCUGGGUGGUCUGCAUUGACUUAACCCACAUACUACGGAGUAUACAGUAGCACAUUAAAUAUACACAUAGAAAAGAAGAGAAAUACAUUGAAGAAGUUGAAGAAAGAGAAAAGAAACGAAAUACAAUAUCCCCUCGACC